ACCUUCCUUCAUUUUCAAUUCACUCGUUGUAGAAGAAUCAAAAUUCCUAAAAUCUUCAAAUCUCUUAACGAUUCCGAUGGCACCUAAAGCAGAGAAGAAACCGGCAGAGAAGAAGCCAGCAGAAGAAAAGAAGGCGGAGAAAGCACCGGCUGAGAAAAAGCCAAGAGCCGAGAAGAAGCUGCCAAAAGAAGGUGGCGCUGCCGAUAAGAAGAAGAAACGAUCAAAGAAGAGCGUAGAGACUUACAAGAUCUACAUCUUCAAGGUGUUGAAGCAAGUGCAUCCUGAUAUUGGGAUCUCAAGCAAGGCUAUGGGGAUCAUGAAUAGCUUUAUCAAUGAUAUAUUUGAAAAGCUUGCUCAAGAAUCAGCGCGGCUUGCUAGGUAUAACAAGAAACCUACUAUUACUUCUAGGGAAAUUCAAACGGCGGUCAGGCUUGUUUUGCCUGGUGAGUUGGCUAAGCAUGCUGUUUCAGAAGGUACUAAGGCAGUCACUAAGUUCACUAGCUCUUAGGUUUUGUUUUGGGAUUUUGGGGUUGAAAGUUUGGUCUUUUUAUAUAUAAAGACUGGAUUUUUAUGUUGGUUAGGGUUGUUUAGGUUCUUUUUGGUUUUUGUUUGUUGGUUCCUGUAACUAAUAAUGUAAUGUAGCUCUUUGAAUCAUUAGCAAGUUAAUCUAAUAUAUUUUAUUACGUUUUUUCUUUUCUAUAA